CAUGUGGGAGCAUCUUUACAAACUUCUGAACAGGCUUAAAAACAUUUCAUUUUGUUUGGUUCGUCGAGUGUUUAACUACAGUUCCGAACCGUAAACACGGGUGAGGAUUAUAAAACUGAUACGAGAAGAAAACCGGCGGCUUUUACAAAGAUUCAGACAUUUGAAGGAUGAAUUUAUCAUAUCCAUACACACUUUGUCUUUUGCUAUCCGUUUUAUCAAUGUAUGGCUGUAACGAGGCGAUACAGGGUUGUAUGGAUAAGCAGAGAGUGAUGGGGAUAUUGCGUCAAAUGGAGAAGUUUCUAAAAGGACAAGAGAUCCGAUUCCUGGAAGGGCUUCGGAUUAUGAAGUCCAAACUCACCAAUCUUCAAAACUCUGUGUCCAAGUUCCCACAAGCAGACCAGUCCUCGUCCCAGUUCUCAUGUCCAUCUCUAAUGGCUCCAACCCACGGAAGGAAGUUUGGCUCCAAGUACCUGGUGGGACAUGAGGUCCAUUUCACAUGUUCUCAGGGUUAUCGCUUGGUGGGGCCAGGGACACGCGUGUGUCAGGAGAAUGGCACCUGGAGUGGAGUCAGUGUCGUCUGUAAAGAUGUGAGUGUGUGUUCCAGUAACCCGUGUCAGAACGGUGGCACCUGUGUGGAGAGUCUUAACCAGUACAAGUGCACCUGUCCACACAACUGGAGUGGGAGCCACUGUCAAUACCAGACGCAGACAGCCCCUCCAGAAUGGAGCGUCAUGAACGAUCCAGCCUUUAGCCGUAAACCUCGCUGUGCUAAAGUGGACCGGGCCCAGCACUGUAGCUGUGACGCUGGAUUCCACAUGAGCGGAACGUCAGACAACAGCAUCUGCCAGGAUGUGAAUGAAUGUGAGGUUUAUAAGGCUGAUCGUGGAGGGCCUCUGUGUGGCCACGCCUGCAUAAACGUGCCGGGAUCGUACUACUGUUCCUGCCCCACAGGAUAUAAACUGCUCACUGAUGGAAGAAGCUGUGAGGAUGUGGACGAGUGCCUUACACAACAGCACAACUGCAGUCGUGGCACCACCUGUAUCAACACCGGAGGAGGUUUCCAGUGCGUUAACCCCGAGUGUCCGCGCUCGCACGGCAACGUCAGCUACGUGAGGACCUCACCUUUCCAAUGUGAAAGGAAUCCCUGCCCAAUGGAGAGCCGUGCCUGUCCGUUUGCCGCAAAGACCGUUUCUUACCACUACCUAUCUCUGCCCUCGAACCUGCGCACACCAACCACCCUGUUCCGAAUGGCCACCGCAACCGCUCCGGGUCGGCCGGGCCCGGACAGCCUCCGUUUUGGCAUCGCCAGUGGAGGUGACGCCCGGAGCAUGUUCGUGAUGCAGCGCUCAGACCGUCAAACCGGAGAGCUGAUCCUGGUUCAACCACUGCGAGGCCCACAAGAGCUCAGUGUGGAAGUAGAGAUGGCCGAGUACGCUGACCGCACCUUCCAAGCCAAACAUCUGGCGCGAGUCAACAUUCUGGUUUCGCCGUACGAGUUCUGAAGAGGGCGAGUUAUCUAAUUGAGCUGUAAAGUAUGCAAAUUGUGUGUUGAUGUUUAGACUUGGUGACGGAAAAGGCGAAGAGAAUGUUCUCCUUAUUGCUAAGGUUCAAUGAAAGAGUUGUUCUUAGAGGCUGCUCGGAUCUUGACGUCAAAAAUGAAAGAUAUAAAAUGUACAGUGGAAAGUCAUGCUCGAUGGAAGAGAAAUUACAAUUAUUUAAGUUAAUAACUCUAAACGACUCAUAUAAAAAUGCUUUUGCUUUAACUGCCGGUACAUUUUUGGCUAAAAGGGAAGUGUGUAAUUGUUUAGAUGUUAAAAUACUUUCACUUAUCAUGGUUUAAUGUGCAAAGACUUAUUUAGAUUAAAUAAAUAUGGUAAGUAAGCCAUUUGUAAGUUGUGUAAACACCGUGGCACUUUCAAAACAUUGCUCUGUUGACAUGUCAACUUCUGGUUCGACCAAUGGUGUAAGUUUGGGGCGGGACUACCUGUUUGUACAUACAAUAGAAGAGAAGAGGCGGUAGGAGUGUUUUGGAAACCUGUUUGGAAACAAUUAUUACUUUUGCAAUCCCAUUUGGUGCUGCUAAUGGCACAGAAAUUACACAUUUCAUCUUUAAAGUACCAACACAAACUGCAACUCACCAGUGCGCGGCUGAUUCAUAAAUUACACUUAUGGCCAAUAUGAAGCAUAUGCAGGGUUGUUUUUUAAAAAAAAUUUAAACUGGACUUAUAGAAUCACGUUACUAUACCUACGUUUCUGCACAAUGUUUUUUUAUGUGGCUCGAAUGUAUUGCGGCAGUUUCAAGGUGAAAUGAACACUAGAGGCGCUAUAGCAAUAAUGACUUUUAUUUACUUUCAAACAAAUCAUGAGUAAAACAACAGAUUAUCGGUUCAUAAACAUUUACUUUUCGCCCUGUUCCUCACACAAUGCUAUCUUAUGACAACUAAACACUUUUACUGUAGCACAUGACUUGUAAGAUGAUACAUUUUAACAUAUUCACAACAGAACUAGCUACAACCCCAAUAUGGAAAAAGCUGGGACAGUAUGAAAAAUGCUAACAAAAAUAAAAAGGAGUGAUUUGUCAAUUAUAUUCACCAUUUGCUAUAUUGAAAGCACUACAACUAAACAUUAUAUGGUGUUUUACCUUGUGAAUUUCAUUGUUUUGUUUUUUUAUGUACAGUAAUUUCAAAUCAGAUGAUUGCAACACACUCCAAAAAAGUUGGGACAGUCGAAUGUUUACCACUGUGAAACAUCACUCUAUUAACACUUAUUAAGCAUUUAGGCACUGAAGAUACAAGUUUGUUAAGUUUAAUAAGUGGAAUUUUCCCCCAAUCAUCCAUUAUGCAGGUCUUCAGCUGCACAGUUGUACAGGGUCUUCAUUGCCGUAUGGUGUGCUUCAUAAUGCACCACACAUUCUCAACUGGAGACAGGUCAGGACUGCAGGCAGGCCAAUCUAGCACCCACACACUCUGCUUACACAGUCAUGGACUUAAAAUCCAGGCAAUAUGUGGUUUGAAGUUGUCCUGCUGGAAAAUGCAGGGACGUCCCUGGAAAAGACAGUGCUGGAUGGCAGUUGCUGCUCCAAAAUUUGUACAUAUCUGUCUGCAUUAAUGGUGCCCUCACAGAUGUGCCAGUUAUCCAUGACACGCCCCAUACAGACACUGGCUUUUGGACCUGACGCUGAUAACAGCUUGGAUGUUUCUUUUCCUCUUUGGCCUGGAUAACACGAUGGCUGUGUUUUUCAAAAACUAUUUGAAAUGUGGACUCCCAUGUGGUUCCACUGUUCUACUUUCCAUCUAAGAUGAAACAGAGCUCAGAGAUGUCGGCAGCGCUUCUGGACAGUGUUGAUGUAUGGCUUCUCCUUUACAUAGUAAAGUCUUAACUUGCAUCUGUGGAUGCAGCGGCGAGUGGUGUUGACUAACAAAGGUUUACUAAUGUAACCCCAAGCCCGUGUUCAUGAUAUCCAUUACAGAUGAAUGAUGUUUUUUAAGACAGUGAUGUCUGAGGGAUCAGAGAUCACGCGCAUUCAGAAGUGUUUUUCGUCUUGCCCUUUACGCAUCGAGAUUUGACCAGAUUCCUUGAAUCUUCUAACUAUAUUGUACACUGUAGAGGGUGAAAUGCCCCAAAUCCUUCCAAUUUGUCUUUGGGGAACAUUGUUCUCAAAGUGCUGGAUAAUUUGCUGAAGCAUCUGUUGGCAAAUUGACAAGUCUUGAAAGAUCCUUGCUCUUGAAGGACAAGGCUGUUUUUGGAGGCUCCUUGUAUACUAUGACACAAUUGCCUCACAUCUCCUGUUUCCCAUUGCCUUGUUAUUUCAACUCGUCAAAUUGGUAUUAGUCUUAAAUUGCCCGUCUCAACUUUUCUGAUUUGAAAUUACUGUACAUUUAAAAAUGAAAAAAAAACAAGGUAAAACAUCAUAUAAUGUUUAGUUGUUGUGUUUUCAAUAUAGCAAAGGGUGAAUAUAAUUUACAAUUUUUAUUAGCAUUUUUCAUACUGUCCCAACUUUUUUGGAAUUGGGGUUGUACAUUAACAAGCUUGUUUAAGUGCGAUCAAAUUGCACAGUGCUCAACUGAUAGAGCGUUGCACUUCCGAUGCAAAUGACCGGGGUACGAGUCCAAGCACACGAGUCGACACAUGAGGCAGUGUCAUAGAAGCACCAAGAAAUGACGCGGUUGCUUCAGCAAUUGUGUUUUUCAUCUCACAUUUACUUUUUAUGACACUAUUGGUUAGGUUUGGCUUUAGGGUUUAGGGUAGGAAGGUCGGUUUUGUUGAUUUAAAACUCAAUAGGGCAGGGGUUUUCAAACUUUUUGAUGCCAAGGACCCCCCAUGUAUGAUGACUGCCUUAUGAUGGACCCCCUGCCGAUGAUAUAAUGGCAGUUAUAUAUUUUCAUGAAUAAAGAGAAUAUAUUUAUAUUUUGAAAAAUAGAAAGCGUGACAUUAUAAAGAAAACACAUUGUUGGCAAAAUUAAAUAGUUGGCUUUUUUAUUGUCAUUGUACUAAAACCAAAAGAAAUUAUAAACCAAAAUAUUAUAUGGUAAAUGUUUACUUGGUAUUAAGUUGACAGUGUAUCUUUUUUUAUCUUUUUUCUACCCACUAUUAUAGUAAUGUUUGAUGUAUAAACCUGAGGAGAAAUUUUACUGGAAUUUUUAAUUCGCUUGAAAUUUAUUCGUAGAUUUUAGAAAGCAAAAUGAAUGGCAAUAAUGUCGAAUUUGUUUUUUAACUUUUUUACACUUUUUUGUUAUCUCAAAUUUUCCACGGACCCCCUAGCACCCCAUUGUGGCCCCCUGAGGGUCCCCUGACCCCAGUUUGAAACCCCCAGCGAUAGAGAAUUUUUCCUUAAAAAAACGAAUUUGUUUGGGAGAACAUUUAACUUGGAACUGCCAAUGUGUAAGGAACCACAUAAUGUAAUUUUGCAAUAAUGUCGCCACAGUCAUGUAAUUUUCCAUGAAAUCAGGCUGAAAAAAAAAAUUUGUUUGGCCAAAAUAGGUUAAUGUAAGUGGAGGAAUACAGUGCAGUAAAUGUAUAAUGCCGUUUAUGAUAAAUCAACACAUGAUGGAGUGGUAAAAAUGGUUAUUGCCUAAAAAUGCCUAAAGACACAACAAUCAAAUAAACCUGAACAUAAUUCUAAGACAUUGCUUUUAUCACCUUUGUGGAAAGAGUUAAUUUCAGCUUGUAAAUGUGCAUUACUGUAAAUCAAUGAGGUGAAAGGGUCAAACAGACUGAAAUAAACAACAGCACUUCAGCAUCUACCUACAUUAAAAACUUGCCUAUUUUUAUGUAUGUUGGAUGUUUUAAUUAAGAACAACGUCUGAACAUUUCUUUCUUUUUUUUAAUAAAUUCUGCAUUUAAACAUAAUACAUAUAUAGCUGUUGAUGUCUGCCUUGUCAUUUAAGUGUAUAUUAGGUUUGAUAUCUUAUA